GAGGGAGGAAGCGAAAGGGGUCGCUCUUCCUUCCCACCCCCCGAGUUGGAAGCUCCUUCCCUAGUUCAACAUGCCCAAGAAGAAGCCGACGCCCAUCCAGCUGAACCCGGCCCCCGACGGCUCGGCGGUUAACGGGACCAGCUCGGCGGAAACCAACCUGGAGGCCCUGCAGAAGAAGCUGGAGGAGCUGGAACUUGACGAACAGCAGCGUAAGCGCCUUGAGGCCUUUCUGACUCAGAAGCAGAAGGUGGGAGAACUGAAAGAUGAUGACUUUGAGAAGAUCUGUGAGCUGGGUGCCGGCAAUGGAGGUGUGGUGUUCAAAGUCUCCCACAAGCCGUCCGGCCUGGUCAUGGCCAGAAAGUUAAUUCACCUGGAGAUCAAACCCGCCAUCCGGAACCAGAUCAUAAGAGAGCUGCAGGUUCUUCAUGAGUGCAACUCCCCAUACAUCGUGGGCUUCUAUGGCGCGUUCUACAGCGACGGCGAGAUCAGCAUCUGUAUGGAGCACAUGGAUGGGGGUUCCUUGGAUCAAGUCCUGAAGAAAGCUGGAAGAAUUCCUGAACAAAUUUUAGGAAAAGUUAGCAUUGCUGUAAUAAAGGGACUGACGUAUCUGAGAGAGAAGCAUAAGAUUAUGCACAGAGAUGUCAAGCCCUCCAAUAUCUUGGUGAAUUCCCGUGGAGAGAUCAAGCUCUGUGAUUUUGGGGUCAGUGGGCAGCUUAUUGACUCCAUGGCCAACUCCUUCGUGGGCACAAGAUCCUACAUGUCGCCAGAAAGACUCCAGGGGACUCACUACUCUGUGCAGUCGGACAUCUGGAGCAUGGGGCUUUCCCUGGUGGAGAUGGCAGUUGGGAGGUACCCCAUCCCUCCUCCAGAUGCCAAGGAGCUGGAGCUGAUGUUUGGGUGCCAUGUGGAGGGAGAUGCAGCUGAGACACCACCCAGGCCAAGGACCCCUGGGAGGCCCCUCAGCUCUUAUGGAAUGGACAGUCGACCUCCCAUGGCGAUUUUUGAGUUGUUGGAUUACAUAGUCAAUGAACCUCCUCCAAAACUUCCCAGUGGAGUAUUCAGUCUGGAAUUCCAGGAUUUUGUGAAUAAAUGCCUAAUAAAAAAUCCUGCAGAGAGAGCAGAUCUGAAGCAACUCAUGGUUCAUGCUUUCAUUAAGAGAUCUGAUGCUGAAGAGGUGGAUUUUGCAGGUUGGCUCUGCUCCACCAUUGGCCUUAACCAGCCCAGCACACCGACCCAUGCGGCUGGCGUCUAAGCAUUAUUGGAGCUGCGGAGAGGAGCUCCUGCCCAGUGUGCGCCAUGUUGCUUUUUGGGCCUCAUUCUCAUGCCUGUCUCCAUUCAGACAUGCAUUUCACCUGUGACAACGGAUGAAGAACACAGCAUGUGCCAAAAUUCUACUUGUGUUAUUUUCACUAUUAUUGUCUUUAUUCUUCUAUUAUUCCCCUAAGUGGGUUGGCUGUGUGCUUGGGGCAUUUGUAUGUUGUUGAUCAAAACAUGUGCAACGCUGAAUUACAGUGAAAUUUUGGUGACCGUGAGUAAUUUUUACUGAAAACCACACUGCUGUUGCCUCGCCAUGACUGGCUGGCCACCCGUAUUUUCAGGAUUCUCUUGACACUUCAUGGUACUUUAUUCCUGCUGGGCAACCUCUCCAUUUGCAUAGGAAGGAGCCCAGGAGACCCUGCACAAGCAGUGCAUGUGAAGCAUGCUUUGCUGCUCUGAAAAUGAACAUCAGAAAGUGUAUGUCAUGUUAGUAUUAUUAUUAUUUGCUUUUGAUGUAGAAUUCAGCAUUUUCCAUCAAAAUCUAGCCAGAGCCCUUUACUGCCAUGCUAGCCAGGGCCUCAUCAGUCUGUCUACCAAGAUGAUUUGUAAUUUCUGGUUGUAUUUCUAUAUUUAUUUUUAAAUAUACUUUGUGGGGUUAUUUAGCAGUAUAUGUCUCUUUAAAUUUGGCUUAGUGUUCCCAAAACAGUCAAGUUCUUUUCAUUGUCACAGAUCGAUCAAAGCAUAAAAAUGUCUGAUUCCUCUCCCCCUGAAUUCAAGUACUGAGGCUGUUGUAAAACAAGUGUAUAGUGCCUAAAACUUGUAUGAAAAUCCUUUUAACCAUUUUAAUCCAGAUGUUUAACAAAUCUAAUCUCUUAUCCUAAUAUAUAUGCAAAUUAAAGUUAAAAAUAAAAAGGGACAAAAG